AGCCAAUGAGUCAGUGCGGAGAAACGCUCGCCCCGCGCUCCCCUGCUUCUGCCGUCAAUACCGCAACGCUAAACUGCCUUUCGCUGCCAGUCGCGUGUUCUCUGCCGUGGUUCCGAAUCUUUAGAGCUGUAACAGUGACCACAUGCGGGAUGAUGCGUUAACAACAUUAAACAACGCUCCCUGUUCGCCCACCGCCUCACUCAAGAACAUUAACAACAGCGGAGACUGCUUCCUGUGGGCUUUGAAUUAAAGAAAAGCAAACCGAAUUUGUGCUUUGCUCUCGCUUUGGAAGAGUGAAGGCGCAAAUGGCCGGGGCACAGCCGGGAGUUCACGCGCUGCAGCUCAAACCCGUCUCAGUGUCGGAGACUCUACGGAAAGGAAGCAAAUUCAUGAAAUGGGAUGAUGAUUCCACUGCUGUGAUACCCGUGAUCUUAAGAGUGGAUCCACAGGGAUACUUCCUGUACUGGACCGAUCAAAACAAGGAGACUGAUCUUCUGGACAUCGCCCACAUCAAGGACACCAGAAAUGGGAAAAACACGAAAACUCCUAAGGAGGCCAAGCUGCGUGAGCUGCUGGACGUGGGUAACCUGGUUGGGAAGAUAGAGAACCGGCAGCUGACCGUGGUGAGCGGUCCAGACAUGGUCAACAUCACCUACCUGAACUUCAUGGCCUUCCAGGAGGAUGUGGCAAAGGAAUGGGCUGAGGAGCUGUUUAGCCUGGCAUCUAACCUGCUGGCUCAGAACAUGUCCAGAGAAGCCUGUUUGGAGAAAGCAUACACACGCGUGAAGCUGCAGCUCAAUCCGGAGGGACGCAUUCCUGUAAAGAACAUCUUCCGGAUGUUCAGUGCCGAUCGAAAGCGUGUCGAGACGGCGCUAGAGAACUCCAGUCUGCCAUCAGGCAGGAAUGACUCCAUCCCGCCUGAGGACUUCACCCCUGAGAUCUACAGAGUCCUGCUCAACAGCAUCUGCCCCCGGCCCGAGAUAGACACCAUCUUCUCUGAAUACGGGGCCAAGAGCCGACCCUACCUGACCCUGGAGCAGGUGACGGAGUUCAUAAACAACAAGCAGCGGGACCCGCGCCUGAACGAGAUCCUGUACCCUCCGCUGAAGCCCGAGCAAGUGCAGCAACUCAUCGACAAAUACGAGCCCAACGACAACCUGGCACAGAGAGGGCAGAUGUCGGUGGAGGGGUUCUCCCGGUACCUGAAUGGAGAGGAGAACGUGGUCAUUCCCCCCGAAAAGCUGGACCAGAGCGAGGACAUGACCCUACCCAUGUCCCACUACUUCAUCAACUCCUCCCACAACACCUACCUCACAGCGGGGCAGCUGGCAGGUAACUCCUCGGUGGAGAUGUACCGGCAGGUUCUGCUGUCCGGGUGCCGCUGCGUGGAGCUGGACUGCUGGAAGGGCCGGACCGCCGAGGAAGAGCCCGUCAUCACGCACGGGUUCACCAUGACAACGGAGAUCUCCUUUAAGGAAGUCAUCGAGGCCAUCGCGGAGUGCGCCUUCAAAACGUCGCCCUUCCCCGUCAUCCUGUCGUUCGAGAACCACGUGGACUCCCCAAAGCAGCAGGCAAAGAUGGCAGAAUAUUGCAGAUCAAUAUUUGGCGAUGCACUUCUCACCGAACCACUGGAAAAAUAUCCUCUGGAGGCGAGCGCUCCCCUGCCCAGCCCCCAGGACCUGCUGGGGAAGAUCCUGAUCAAAAACAAGAAGAAGUCGCACAAGUCCGAGGGCAGCGGGAAGAAGAAGCUGUCAGAGCAGACCUCCAACACCUUCAGCGACUCGUCCAGCGUGUUCGAGCCGUCCUCGCCCAGCACAGGAUCCACCAACCUGGAGAUUCCAGACUCCGCCCUGCAAGCCAGUCAGGAGAGCAAUGACCUCAAACCCCACACAAUCAAAUCUACAGGGGAGGCGGAGGCAGAGAGUGAUGAUGACGAUGAUGAAGACGACGACUCUAAAAAGUCCUCCAUGGAUGAGGGCACAGCAGGAAGUGAGGCUUUUGCCACAGAGGAGAUGUCCACCCUGGUCAACUACAUCCAGCCCGUCAAGUUCAACAGCUUUGAGGCUUCCAAAAAAAUCAACCGCAGCUAUCAGAUGUCUUCAUUUGUGGAGACCAAAGCCCUGGAGCAGCUCACUAAGUGUCCUGUGGAGUUUGUGGAGUACAACAAGCGGCAGCUCAGCAGGCUGUAUCCUAAAGGAACCCGCGUCGACUCCUCCAACUACAUGCCCCAGGUCUUCUGGAACGCUGGCUGCCAGUUAGUCGCCCUCAACUUCCAGACGAUAGACCUGUCCAUGCAGCUGAACCUGGGCAUGUUUGAGUACAAUGGGAAGAGCGGGUUCCGGCUCAAACCGGAGUUCAUGAGGCGCCCAGACAAGCACUUUGACCCCUUCACUGAGAGCACUGUGGACGGGAUCGUGGCCAACACUUUAUCAGUGAAGAUAAUCUCUGGCCAGUUCCUGUCGGAUAAGAAGGUUGGGACGUAUGUGGAGAUCGACAUGUUUGGGUUGCCCGUGGACACCAGAAGGAAAGCGUUCCGAACGAAAACAUCGCAAGGAAACGCGGUCAACCCCGUCUGGGAGGAAGAGGCCAUCGUCUUCAAGAAGGUGGUUCUGCCUACACUGGCCUCCCUGAGGAUAGCGGUGUUUGAGGAAGGGGGGAAGUUCAUCGGCCACCGCAUCAUCCCCGUGUCUGCGAUCCGCCCGGGGUACCACUACAUCGGCCUCAGGAACGAGAAGAACCAGGCUCUGACUUUACCUGCACUUUUUGUCUACAUUGAGGUCAAGGACUACGUGCCGGACACCUAUGCAGACGUGAUCGAGGCGCUGUCCAACCCGAUCAGAUACGUCAACCUGAUGGAGCAGAGAGCCAAUCAGCUCGCAGCGCUCACUCUGGAGGAGGAGGAAGUUGUCAGCAAGGAGGUGGAGCCCAGUGGUGACGCACCGUCUGAACCCAACAGUGACCCCAAACCCGCCCCAGCAGAGAACGGGGUGAACCAUGCCCCCUGCAUCACCCCCAGAACGCCGUCCCAGAUCACGCAUGCUCCCCAGUCCACAGGGUCACUGAAGCCAGUGGUGAAAACCGAAGACAUCAUACAGAGUGUGCUCACAGAGGCGGAGGCUCAGAGCGUGGAGGAGCUGAAGCAGCAGAAGGCCUUCGUUCGGGAGCAGAGGAAGCAGUACAAAGAGAUGAAGGACCUGGUGAAGAAGCACCACAAGAAGACCACAGACAUGAUCAAAGAGCACACGGCCAGGUACGGAGAGUUCCAGAACGAGUACCUGCGCAGACGGGCCCUGCUGCACAAGUCCGCCAAACGAGACGGUAAGAAAAGAGCCUCGUCCUACAGCCCGGAGCACCAGCUGUCGGCCAUGGAGCAGGAGCUGGCCGCGCUGGACCUGGAGAGCAGCCAGAAGAUGGCCGAGCUGAAGGAGCAGCAGCAGAAGCAGCUCCUGGACCUGCGGCAGGAGCAGUACUACAGCGAGAAGUACCAGAAACACCAGCACAUGAAACAGCUGGUGGAGAAACUGACUGCUGUGGCUGAAGAGUGCCAGGCCAACCAGCUGAAAAAACUAAAGGAGAUCUGUGAGAGGGAGAAGAAAGAAUUGAAAAAGAAGAUGGACAAGAAAAGACAGGAAAAGAUAAAUGAGGCCAAGUCUAAAGAGAAAAACCUGACAGAGGAAGAGAAGCUAGAGAUCAACAGGUCAUACGUGAAUGAAGUGGUACAAACCAUCAAACGGUUGGAAGACGCCCAGAGCAGACGGCAGGAGAGGCUGCAGGAGAAGCACAAGGACAUUCGGCAGCAGAUCCUGGAUGAGAAACCUAAGGAGGAGUGUUCGUACGAUGAGGAAGCUGCAGAGCGAGCUGGAUCAGGAGUACCAGGACAAGUUCCACCGGCUCCCGGUGGAGAUUCGGGAGUUUGUGCAGGACACCACUAAGGCCGACCACGCCCACCUGCCCCCCUCCUCCACCCACGAGAGGCUCAGUCACAGGGCCGGCCAAUCAGAGGAGGACAUCGAGGAGGAGCCCGCAGAGAAAAUAUUCGACACACCCCUCUAAUGCUCCUGUGCUGUGUCCUACCUGUACCUGGGUAACCGCCCCCCCCCCCCCCCCGCCUGGCACCUAGGGGGCGUUGGGGGGGGGGGGCUUGGGGGGAGGGAGAGUUUUGGGUUUGUGUGUAAGAACAGGCCACAGACUGGGGGAAAUAGCUGUUUACUUGAACUACUCCAACAGAAAGAAGUCUCUUACCUUACCUUCAUUAGAAUGGUUUUAACUCAUACCUGUAUUUUCAGGUAGGCGGGGCUUCGGUUCAUCCAGAUGUUAUGACGUCACUUUUAUUGAUCCGUAUUAUUGUAAUGAGUAACAGAUUUCAAUAUUAACUAUUGACAUAAUCCUUAUUAAUAAAACAGCUGUGUCUACUGUUGCUACUACUACUGCUAGCACCAUGCAUUGGGGCCUGAGGAUUUUUAAUGAGGAAACACGGCCUGUUUCUCUGGUCCCUGUGGUUAAAACCAGGCCUUGCCUGCUGUAUAUUUGCACUGAACAGGCUCACUUUGUUCAUAGAUAUGUGCCACUGCUGAUUCGUUCGUUUUUCAUUUGCCUUGUGUAUAUGUAUACAACAUUUUUAUGUUAAAUAUUUUUGUAGUUUUUAUUUUUCAUCUUUUUAAAAAUAUUUUGAUAUAUGAUUUGUAGAUUAUUAACCUUUAAUGGGAGUAAUUUAUGGUUUUGCAUUAGGACAGCAGAGUUAUGUAACGAGUUCUAAGCAUGUACAAGCAUGGUGUCGCACACAGGCGUAAAUGUUACCUGUGUUUUUUCUUAUGGUGGGGGGGUUCUUUAGCUGUAGAUGUGGAUUGAAGUGUAAAUAUAGAAGUCCCUCGCAGCAACACAAAGCACUUGUUAGCACACCGCUAGCAGCCUGCCAUUGGCGCUAGUGUAUCGCAGGACCGCGCAGCACCGCUAACGUGGGGUAGCGGUGGUGUUAACGGGGGGUAGCGACGGCGCUAACGGGGCGUAGCUGUGGCGACCGGCGGCUCACAGAACGCCGGAUAGCGGGUGAACGGGGCGAACAAGUUGGCAUGGAUACGGGGGCCCUGGUCCCAAUAUGGCCUCACAUCUCAUCCCUUCACUCGUCCUUUAAACAGUCUGUACAGACCCGGAUAUCUGUGUACCAGGGACAAGCACACGGAACGUUUACGAUCAGCAGGUGAACCAAUCGAGAGAAACUCAUUGCAAUGUUAAAGGUAUUUUUAUUGGCAUUUAUAUUAAGAAAUGGAUUCAUAUGGGUAUUUUGGUAUUGAUGCUGAUAUUGACGUUAGGAUACUGAUACUGAUAUUAGGUAUUAAUUCUGGUAGUGACAUUAGUGUAUUGAUGCUCAUGUUGAUAUCAACAGUUCGACCAAUAUCUCGCAUUCACGUUUGACAUGCAAAGAAACGCAGGUGGGUAUUUAUAAAGUUCGUUCUGUUAUUGCUAACUCCCCAAAAUUUUUGGACAGAUACUGAUUGCUUCCUGGUCUAAGGGAUUAACAUUGUGUGGGAUUACCUUUUGAUCCUUGAAUGAACUGCUAGAUUUCCCAGUCUUACGGGACAGUUAUAUUGUAUUUUAUGUUUGUUAUUAUUUGUGACAGAAUACUUAAAGAUGUGGUAGACUUUCUGAUACUGCACCCUUUUUAAAAUGCACAGCUCCAUCUGAGUUCUGUUCUUUUGCUUUGUUCACAAGGUUUGAAAAUUAAGGCCUUAAAUCCAUCUAUUCUUUUCAUUCAACUUACACAGAUGUCAGAAUCACACUAAAGGUCACAUCAAAAUUUUAAGUGUUUUUGUUUUACAUUUUCAGUAUCAUUUUUGUAAAUUUCAACUCGAUAUUAGUCUAUAUUGGAUUUGUAUAGUAUACUGUAGAAUUAUACAGUACCUUCAGUUACUGUAGAAGCAGCGCUAACUUGCAAAGGAUAACCGUGGGAGCUUGUACAGCAUAGCAUCUGUGCUUUUUUAAAUAAAACUAUGUACAGUGCCAUAAUAAUAAUCAUAAAGCAUAUGGUUUUUUUAACACCAAGGUAAGGAAGAACAUUCUGUUUCAUUUUUAAAUUACUUGAAAAAUAUGUUUUAAGAUGUUGAUUUGGUUAACAAAAAGGUUGUUUAUAAUGUGAAAGUCUCGUGCCUUGUUUGCUGUUGAACGUGUGAAAUGCAUCAUAGUCUAAACUGCCAUGGUAUAAAAUAUGAAUGUCUGUCUGAAUAGACUGUACCUGUGUCCACACUACUGACUGUUGCUUGAGGUUAGAUUAUGAGAGAGAUUUCAAAAUGUCAGACAUGUGCUGUGUCUUUUAAAGUACUGUUAUGGGUAAUAGUUUCCAUCAAUUAGUCUAUACAUGUGUGUGUAUAUAUAUAUAUACACACACAUUUUGUGUUGUCAAAUGUGCAAUGAUGUAAUGAUAUGAAAAAUACUGACAUGACAACAUAUGAGUGGAAAAGGAAGAGGUUUAACAUAAAUGUUGCUUUUGUAAAUUGCGUUUAGAUCUUUUGUGGGUGUUGUCUUACUUUGUGAUUGUAGCUCUUCACGAUAUGAUCCGUACAGAAAAUCUUUCGAUGGAGCUUGUUGCUCUUAUUUUCAAAAUGCAUUUUUGUCAAUAGGCUGAGGAGAAAGGAUUCUAUGCAAUAUUGUGGCAUGAUGACUCUUCCAUGUGUACAUUUCUGUUCUUUAAUCACAACCUCAUGGGAAAUGCUAAUAAAUAAUAUCAUUAACGCA